UAUCUAGACUGAUUGUCUACGUUGUCGAUGCAGUAACUACUAUAUAUAGGUAUUGUAGGGAAAUAUAUAGUCUUCAUACUUCGAGAACAACACUUGGCAUACACUAGCAACAUGAUGAGGAGCAUAUUAUCACUUAUAACUGUGUUGGCACCGUUGAUUCAAGCAUGCCCCCCAGGAUGGAAAGAAAAUGGAGAACACUGUUACUUCUUCAGUUUAGAAACAGGGACGUGGGCGUACGCCGGUAGUUAUUGCCGGAAUUUCAACGCAAAACUUGCAGAACCUAUGGAAGCCGCUGACGUUGUUUUCAUUGACACAGCGGUAAAAAGCACACAUCCAAGGAUUGGUGAAUACUAUUUAGGAGGAGGUGACUUCUUCAUUGAAGGAGAAUGGAUUUGGGCUAGCACUUUGUCGCCAAUCACUAAUGCCAACUGGUCACCAGGGGAACCAAAUGACUUAGCCGGGAGAGAGGAUUGUUUGGGUGUGGUAUUAAGUGGUUUAUGGAAUGACGUUCCCUGUAAUAUAUCACUUCCGUUUGUGUGCGAACUUGAAAAUGACUUCGGCCAGGAAACAAUCGGAUAGACCAUACCAAAGUAACAUAGAUGCAUUUUUUUUUGUAUAUUCAAAGUAUGAAAUAAACCCGCUUUA